AAAAAUAAAAAAAAGGGACAACGCAACCGAGCUUGAACAGGGACUAGGAGUCCAUGUAUUUAUUCUCUAAAGAAAAUCUGUAUGACACGCUGUCUGUUAGGGUUUAUCUAGGUACCGAAGCAAGAUUUCCAAACUUCAAGAUCUUUCAGAUUGGUUCGUCAGGUAAAUCCGUAAAUCUGGUGCCUAGGGUUUUUCCUUUUCGAUCCCGGAAGCUUUAAGUUUUCUCUGAUUUUGUAUGGCCCCCCGUUUGGUUCCCGCGAGAAUUGAGGGACUGGAAUUGCGAGCAAUACACUUUUGGUUGUCUAGGGUUUCAAACAAAACGAUUAUUUACUCUCAGCUCUGCCGAAAGCAUUAUUCAUAUGAAACUUAAUGAAAACUGCUCCUGUUUGGGACGAUUAUAGGCCUGCUCCAUUUUCUUAGCUUCCGAACGGAAUAUUCAUUUUUAAUCCCUUGAAAGGAAAGGAAAAAGGGGUAAAGAAGGAAAAUCAUUUUUUCUGGUGUUCCAUCUUGAUAUCAUUAGCCUAAAGCUGAGGUCAUAGGAGAUGCCUCGAGAUCUGUCACGGUCGAGAUCUCCUUCGUAUAAGCGAAGGUAUUCACCAUCUUAUGCAACACAGAGGUAUAGCAGGAGAAGUCGAAGAGAUAGAAGCCGGUCUCCAUAUUCAUCCUAUUCUUAUAGCAGAAGAAAAAGUCGUUCUAUUUCCCCAAAACACCGCAGAAAUCAUUCACGUUCUAGACGUCAUAAAAGUCGUUCACCAACUCCAAGACAUUCUAAGAGGCAAAGGAGUAGAAGUUCCUCCUUGUCUCCUAUUCAUAAAUCUUCAAGUUCAAGUCUUGGUUCCGUAGAGCGGAAAAAUGCAAGUGAAAAAUUGAGAUUAGAAGAAGAGAAGAAAAGGCGACAGCAGGAAGCAGAGUUGAAACUAAUAGAAGAAGAGACUAAAAAAAGAGUGGAAGAAGCAAUUCAGAGGAAAGUGGAAGAGAGCGUAAACUCUCUGGAAAUUAAACUGGAAAUACAGAGGCGGUUGGAGGAGGGGCGGAAGAAAGUUUGCAAUGAAGUAGCAGCUCAACUUGAGAAAGAAAAGGAAGCUGCUGUCAUUGAGGCUGGACAAAGAGAGGAAAAGGCUCGAAAAGAGACAGAAGAGCUGGAAAGGAUGUUGGAGGAGAACCAGAGGAGGGUAGAAGAAGCACAGAGAAGGGAAGCUCUAGAGCAGCAGCAGCAAGAGGAGGAGCGGUACCAGGAGUUAGAAGAGAUGCAAAGACAAAAAGAAGAGGCUAUGCGGAGAAAGAAACUGCAAGAAGACGAAGAACGGUUAAACCAGGUGAAAUUGCUGGGCAAGAACAAAUCCCGCCCGAAAGUGUCGUUUGCGCUUGGCUCAAAGUGAACACUAGGAAUUGGUAUAUUAAUGGGUUUCCAAGCAUAUGUGCUGGACUUAAAUUCCAUGUUCACAUUUGUAAUUCGUGAUAUAUUCGUGCUUUUUAAUGAAGUCUUUCGUGUGAUUAAUGUAUUUUUCCAGGUUUCUUUUCA